AUGAUACCGUGGAGUAUAUUCUUGCUUCAUUCACUGCUGUCCUCUUUGCAAGGAUCUUAUUGCAAGCUUUCUCUUUUGAGAAGAACUUCAAGAAAUGAGUUUAAUGCAACUCGACAGAAAAGAGAUCUCGUAACAGCCGAGAUUCAAGAUGCCUCUCCUCGGUCACAUCUUCAUGGGGCCUUGACGCGGAGUCCACCAGGAGGUUCAUGUCCUCAGGAGUGCCUUAAUGGAGCAGCCUGCACAGAGGCAGGUGACUGUGACUGUCAGUUAUUUCAGGCUCAAGGAAGCAGGUGCCAAAUUGUACCUAACACUGGUAAGGACCGAGAUGGCAUUUGCAAAUCAUGGGGACAGUAUCAUUUUGAAACAUUUGAUGGCAUCUACUACUACUUCCCAGGAAAUUGCUCCUAUGUUUUUGCUAAAGACUGCAGUACUCCAGAACCCCAGUACACGGUUUGGGUUCAUAAUAGUCCUCACUGUUAUGGUUCAGUAUAUACUUGUCAGAGGUCCAUCAGCUUAUUUUUUUCAAACCAAGAAGAAAUCAUUAUUUCAGGACAUGAAGUGAGAAAAGAUGGAAUCAGAUUAAUGUUGCCUCAGACAGUUGGAAAUGCUUUCCUUGAGAGACUAGCUGACUAUAUUCUGGUGAAGACUACCUUUGGUUUUUCUCUUGCUUGGGAUGGAAACUCUGGUGUUUACAUUAAGCUGACAGAAGAUCAUAAGGGAAAACCCUGUGGCCUCUGUGGAAAUUUUAAUGGCAAUAAAUAUGAUGACCUGAUACUGCAGAAUAGUGAAUAUACAGAAGACAUUGCUGAAUUUGCAAAUAGCUGGGCUGUGCAAACCUCAGCUGACAUAGCUUGUGUACCUACUGCCUCAGAUUUUUCCAGUCCUUGCUCAGCUGAUGCAGAAUCCACUGAGGACAUAUUCUUCAAGUGCCAAAUAUUCCUACAGUUUCCUUUUCUCAGCUGUCAUGAAAGCAUAGAUCCAUAUUCUUAUAUUUCUAGCUGCAUGAAUGAUCUUUGCAGAGUGGAUGAUGAUGAAACAUACUGCAGGGCGGUGACAGAGUACGCUAGAGCAUGCUCUCAUGCUGGGUCCCCGGUGCGGGACUGGAGAGAUGACUUUCCUGCUUGUACUGAGAAGUGUGAAGACAGCUUUGUACACCGUGAUUGUAUCAGUUGUUGUCCACCAACCUGCACAUUUGAAAAAGAUUGUCUUGGCAGCAACCUACACUGCUUAGAUGGCUGUUACUGUCCAGAUGGUCUCAUUAUGGAAAAUGGAACUUGCAUCUCUGUGUCGAAUUGUCCUUGUACUUAUCAUGGAACUGCCUUCCCUGUAGGCUCAAAAAUUGAACAAGAAUGUAGCAACUGUGUUUGCACUGGUGGUAUUUGGAACUGCACUGAUCAUGAUUGCCCAGCUGAGUGCUCCAUCACAGGUAGCUCUCAUUUCACAACAUUUGAUGGACGUCAUUUUACUUUUCUUGGGAUAUGCCAGUACAUUUUGGUAAAAGGCACUGGGAAAAACAAAUUCACAAUCACUUUACAGAAAGCACCUUGUGGACAGAACUUUGACCACACCUGCAUUGAGUCUAUAACACUAGUUCUUGAAGAUGAUGUGAGCAAACAAGUUACUCUCACAAGAUAUGGUCAAGUCCAAAGUGGUCCUAACCAAGCUUUUAACCUUAAUGGGGCCAUUGAAAUUCAGAAUAUAUCUUCUUUGUUCACUCAACUGAAAACUAGUUUUGGUUUGAAGAUACUGUUUGCUAAAGACGGAGAGAGGAUCUAUGUUCAAGUUGAAGUCAGCUGGAAGAAAAGAACAUUGGGACUAUGCGGAACAUACAACGGGAAUUUAAGAGAUGAUUUUCUUUCUCCUGCAGGGAUGAUAGAAGGCACCCCACAACUUCAUGCCAAUGCAUGGAAGGUUUCCUCAGCUUGUUCUGUGCCUAUCAAUAUUCCUGUGGCUGAUCCCUGCAACAUUAAUCAGCAAAAUGCUGGGUAUGCAUCUCACUGUGAUAUCAUCAAUCAAGAGGUUUUUGCUCCUUGCCAUGCCUACAUCAGUCCAGGAUUAUACUACCAGCAAUGCCGCUUUGACGCAUGCAAAUGUGGAAGCAGCUGUUUGUGUAAUGCUCUGGCACACUAUGCAUACAUCUGUGGCAAGCAUGGGGUCAUUGUUGACUUCAGAUCUCAUAUUUCUUACUGUGCUGUGAUGUGUCACAGUGGUAUGCUUUAUCAUCAGUGCUCUUCUUUUUGUAAACACUCCUGUGCUUCACUUUCUAUGGCAAAUAUCUGUGGUGAUGACUGUGCAGAAGGAUGUAAUUGUCCUGAUGGGAAAUAUUUUGAAGAGUCAGUCAACUUUUGUGUACCAAUAUCUGCUUGUCAUUGUCAUUACAAGGGCAAAGCCCUCCAGCCUGGAGAAAUCCUCCCUACGUCAAGAGGCUCCUGUCAGUGUUUGAAUGGAACAGUGAAAUGUAUUGAGGCCACUACAGAAAAUACAGUUCACAUAUGCCCUGAAGGAAAAAUCUACUAUGACUGCAGAUCUCCUCUGCCUGGGUUACCAGCAGCAGGUGUAAAUUGUGGGAUCUCCUGUGCGAACCUUGCCAUGAACUUCUCCUGUGUCCCCUCACCACCCUGUGCAAGUGGCUGCAUUUGUCCCCCUGGGAUGGCUGAACAUAGAGGGAAAUGUUAUAUUCCUGACAGUUGUCCAUGCACCUGGAAAGACAGGGAAUUUCUGUCAGGAGAAGUGAUAGCUACACCAUGCUAUACCUGUGUUUGUCGGAGAGGGAUAUUCAAUUGCACUAGUUACCCCUGUCCUGCUGUAUGCACUGUUUAUGGAGAUCGACAUUAUUAUACCUUUGAUGGAUUGGAGUAUGAUUAUGUCAGUGACUGCCAAGCUUACCUUCUAAAGAGCACAGAUAACUCAAAUAUAUCUAUAAUUGCUCAGAACAAAAAGUGCUUUGACAAUGAUAUUGUUUGCUCAAAGAAUGUUUUCAUCACUGUUGGAAACACUGAGAUUUAUUUUAGUGAACCUUCUGAGAAGCAGACCUUAAGGGGACAGGAAAACAAAUCUAACUAUCAGCUUUGGAAGGCUGGAUAUUAUACUGUGAUACACUUUCCAGAACAAGACAUCACAAUUCUGUGGGAUAAGAAGACAAUGAUGCAUGUUAAAGUUGGACCUCAAUGGAAGGGUAAACUGUCAGGUUUGUGUGGAAAUUUUGACAAAUAUACUUCAAAUGAUCUGACUACAUCAAACAACAUGGAGGUGAGAAAUGCACAGGUGUUUGGAGACAGCUGGGUAUUAGGACAGUGCAAGAGCCCAAAUGAAACACUAAGACCAUGUGAGGUACAUCAGAGCAAGUUCCCUUAUGCCAAAAAGGAAUGCUCAAUUUUAUACAGUGAUGUUUUUGCACCUUGUCGCAAUGUGAUUGAUGUGACUUCUUUCGUCAAAAAUUGUCACACGGACACAUGCAACUGCCAUCUUGGUGGGGACUGUGAGUGCUUGUGUACCAGUAUUGCAGCUUAUGCCCACAAGUGCUGCCAGCAAGGAGCAGCGAUUCACUGGCGAUCUCCUUCGCUCUGUGCUUAUGACUGUGAAUAUUACAAUCAAGGUCUUGGUGAAGGACCCUAUAUUUUGGCAAGUUAUGGAGAGAAUGACACAAUUAUAGGAGCUAACGUAUCCAGUAGAAGUAUAUUUCCCCUGCCUAGAACUGGAGCAUAUGGAAAUGUAUUUUUCAGUUUCAUGAUAACUCCAGGUCUUUUCAAAGAUAAAGAUUUAUCGCUCUCUCUUGUUUCCCUUGAGUCUGCUGAAAGACCAAACUACUUUCUGUACGUACAUGACAACGAAACCAUUGAGUUGGAACAGUGGCAGGCAAGUGCUUCCUUUCAGAGACGAGCCACGUUCUUCCACCAUCAGGGCCUCUGGAUUCCAGGGCUCAGCGCCUUUGAACUGCACAGUAAAAAAGGCUUUUUCAUCAUUCUCACUUCGUCCAGUGUUAAAGUGGCAAAGUACGAUGAUUCAGAAGAAUUCAAACGUUUGAGUAGCUUUAGAAUUCAAGAACUUGGUGCGUCUGUACCUUAUAGAAGGAUGUGUGAAUGGCGAUAUGAAUCUUGUGCUAAUCCUUGUGUUAAAACAUGUAGUGAUCCUGAAGGAAUAGCAUGUAAAUUCCUUCCCCCGGUUGAAGGAUGCUUGCCAUACUGUCCCAAGAACAUGAUCCUUGAUGAAGUCACGCUUAAAUGUGUUUAUCCAGAAGACUGCAUACCUGUGACACCUACAGAAUCAGCAAUUGGAACAAAACCUUCAUUGUUAAUCUCUCACAUGGGUGCUACUGUGGAGAGAGUUCCUCAGACACCUUUAUUUGUUACUUCAGGAACUGAGUCAUCUCUUACUGGAAAACAGAGUUCUUCAGUAAGUUCUUCAGAAGAACAUGGAACAAUAUCAGCCAUAUCAGCUGGAAUAAUCACUCCAUCCACUACACCAGUGAUCACAAACACAACAGUGAAUGCUACAUCCUUAAAAGCACCUUAUAUUUUGGCAAAAAUACCAGCUAGCUCUUCGGCCAGUUUAUUAGUUGCUUCUGGCACUCCUGUAGCCUCUAGGAUUACCUCAAAAACCACUGAUUCUUUCAUUGCCAAUUUGGAGUUUUAUACGGCUUCAGCUUCAGUUCCUACCACCAUAGAAAUGCUCAUGCAUGUUUCAAACAAAUCUUUAUUUGCACCUGCGGCAACUCAAGCUUCACAGAGCACCAAAGAAACUCCAAAAAUGAUGAUCAUGAAAACAAAUGGUACUACAAGUCCAUUAUCACAAACGAAGAGUACCUCAUUUACAGCUUCAGAAGUUAAAUAUGCAACCUCAUUUGAAAGAACUGUGGAUAUUUUAGAAAGUGGUCAGACUUCACAUGAGCAAAGAAAUGUUACCAAGGCAAAGUCUACCACAACUGAGAAAUCUUCCCUGCCUUAUCUGACAGUGUCUGCAGUCCAGAGUUCACCUUUUUCGAGAAAUACAACCUCAGUAAAAAAUCUCUCUCUUUCUGGAGUCCCAGAUGUAGCAACAUCAGAUUGGUCCAAAACCCCAACACGGAAAACCAUUAAGCCUUAUUUCAGCUUAACAGAGCCCACAGAGCUGCAGACCAGAACUAUAAUAGGUUUAUCUCAUUUUGGUGGAACAGCUCUGCCUUCCUCUUCAGAGCCUGUAGAAACACAAACUCGUCUGGCAAGCACAGAAACAAUGACAGCUGCAGCUGACAAGGCUUCCAUUGGUACCAUGAUGCAUGCACUGAUGUCUACAUCUUCCGAAUGUGUGCCAAGAUACCUUGAACCUGUUGACAAAUGUACCCAGUAUGUAUGUGUUGAUACGGGUUGGAUGUUAUACAACCUUUCAAGGAACUGCCCUAAGGAUGUGCACAAGCCAGACUGUGGUUUUAGAGGAAUGCCCGUUCAAGUUAACACUGAUAGUUGUUGCCCAGAAUGGGAAUGUCCCUGUCAAUGUUCUGUACUGUCUGAACUGAGUGUUAUUACAUUUGAUGGAAACAACAUAGCCCUCUGUAAUAUGGCUUCCUACAUUUUAGUGAAGAUAUCAGGAGAAAUUAUUGUUGCUCAUAUUGAAAAAUGUCCUGCGAAUCAGAGUGCAAAUUCAAUAAGAAAACUAGAUCCCCCUUCAAGCACUUCAGGGCUCUGUUUCAAGAAAUUAAAUGUGACAACACACACAUAUAAAUUACUUAUCAAUCGUUUAUCAAGAAAGGUAGUAGUGGAUUCUGUAAUUCAAUCAUUACCAUUUUCAAAAGAAGGACUGAGCAUUCAGGAUACUGGUGCAAUGUAUGUUGUUAAUACCCCAGCUGGUAUUAGCAUCAAGUGGGCUCACAUUACAGGCAUCAUAGAUAUAGAGUAUGGAUUACACUCUAACACAUCGAUGAAGACAGAAGGACUUUGUGGGGUGUGUAACGGAGAUCCUACUGAUGACCUGAAAAUGCAAAACAGGACCAUAAUUACAAAUAUGGAGGAAAUCGAGGUGUUCAUUAGGAGUUGGGAAGUUGAGAAAUCACUUGAUGUAACAAUCAGGAGGCCAGUAAGAAACUGUACUGAAGAUAACUGUACGUACUGUAUGGAACUGCUAAACAGAAGCACUUUCAUCCCUUGUCACAAGAAAGUGUCACCACAGGAGUUUUGUGAGAAGAUGUGGAUCCACAAUACAUAUUUUUGGAAUUAUGAGUGUGAUGCACUUUCUGCAUACGUGGCUUUAUGCAACAAGCACAACAUCUGCAUUAAAUGGAGGACACCUGAUUACUGUUCAUUGAGUUGUCCUGAGGGCAAGGAAUACCAGCCUUGUGUGCAACCCUGUGAAGCCAAGACAUGCUUGAAUAAGUGGUUCUAUGAAGAUUCUCCCUGUUCCUAUUUAAGGGAAGACUGUGUGUGUAAAAAUGGCACUAUUCUGCAUAGAACAGACUCUGACCUCUGUAUACCAGAAGAAAAAUGCACAUGUACAGAUAACAAAGGACAACCGCGCUCUGCUGGGGAGGUCUGGAAUGGGUCCAUGAGAGGCUGUUGCAUGUAUAACUGUUUAGAAAAUGGAAGCAUUGUUGCUGUAGAACCUGAAUGCAAUGAGGACUCACCACCAGUCUGUGAAAGAGAAGGAGAAGUUAUUGUCCAUGUCAUUGAAGAGAGGGCUUGCUGUCCAAAGAAAGUUUGUGAAUGUAACAUGUCAUUGUGUGAUGCCACUAUUCCAACAUGCAAAACCAAUGAAAAAUUGGUUGCAGGCUACCACCCCCUGUCCUGCUGUCCACAGUACCAAUGUGAGUGUGAUCCUUCAGUUUGUUUCAAUGCUUCCCAGUUGGACUGCAGAGAAGAUCAAUUUAUUGUUGAAGCAAAACAGGAAGAUCCCUGUUGUUUCUCUUAUCUCUGUGUUUGUGAAUCUUGUAUUGAACCUGUUCCCUUGUGUAAUGAAGGGGAAAUCCUCACUGUAGACCUUAAUACCAUACACUACUGUUGUCCUCAUUACUACUGCGUUUGUGAUGAAAAUCUUUGUCCUGAGCCUCCUAUGAAUUGCACAGAUGACAUGACACUUGUGAAGAAAAAAAUACCUGGGCAGUGUUGUCCAGAAUGGCACUGUGAAUGUAGCUGUGAAAAUGCUACUAUGCUGACCUGUAAAUUGGGAGAAGUGAAAAAAAUAGAUAGUAGUGUUUCCAGUGUUUGUGGAUGUACUCACUACAUUUGUGAGAAGGAUGAUGUUUGCAUCUUCCAAGAGGUCACGGUACUGAAUCCUGGACAGUCAGUGAUUCAGUACUUGGACGGAGACCUUUGUUACACUGUACAGUGUUUACAAGAAAAAGAUCAGAACACAGGAUACAAUGCCAUGCAUUUUACAAUGGUGAACUGUUCCCAGCAAUGUGAAGCUCAUCAAAUAUAUAUUCCUUCCUCCAGUCACCAUACUUGUUGUGGUACCUGUCAAAACGUGUCCUGCUCUUUCCAUACUGAGAAUGGAACCCUAAUUGUGUAUGAGGAAGGAAGCACUUGGAGCUCCAACUGCACCAACUACAAGUGUGCAAAGACUGCUGUGGGGACUAUCAUACUGGGAUCGAGCGUUGUCUGCCCUCCCUUUAAUGACACUGAGUGUACAAAGAAUGGAGGAAUUGUGCAGAUGUAUAAUGAUGGCUGCUGUAAGACCUGCAAAAAGGAAGAAAGGAUUUGCCAGAAAAUAACAAUCAGGACAACCAUAAGAAAAAAUGACUGCAUAAGUCAAAGCCCGAUAAAUGUGGCUUCUUGUGAUGGAAAAUGCCCAUCUGCAACAAUUUUCAAUGUCAAUAUUGAUAGCCGUUUAAGAUUCUGUAAAUGUUGUCGAGAAACUGGAACACGUAAUCUGACUGUGCCACUACGCUGCUCAGGAAACGGCACUGAAAUUAUGUACGUCAUUCAAGAGCCUAUAGACUGCUCAUGCCAAUGGAACUAA